GUUGCGGCCGGCGCCAUUUUCUCGAGCCGCCUGUCUCGGGUGCCGCCAUGUUGGUGAGGAGAAAUCACCGUUACGGCCACUGUCCAAAUCCCCGCGUCGCUGCACGCCGCCCGCCCGGCCGCUCCCACGCCACAGCCACCGGCGGCGAAUAGAGACUAGAGCGGCAGCGCCGGCAGCACGGGGCCGUUGCCCAGUGUUUGCAGUUAGAGCCCCAUCUCUCUGGCGUGCUUGUUAAUAGACUGGAAAGUCUGUGUCUGUGUCGCUCACUAGUAACCGUGAGUUUUUACCACUUCGUCACCUGUCGGCGGCGGCCGGGAGCAGGUACCCGCAGGCGGCGCGGGGGUCCUCCCCGCGCCCCGCCGCCGCCGGCCUCGUAGACCUGCCCUCCAGCCCCGCCCCGUUCUUGACCAAACAUGACAGACUCUGAACAUGCAGGGCACGACAGAGAAGAUGGUGAAUUAGAAGAUGGUGAAAUAGAUGAUGCAGGAUUUGAAGAAACACAAGAACAGGAGGCAAAAGAGGAUGAGAAGCAGAAAAAUGAGAAAGCCUACAGAAAAUCAAGAAAAAAACACAAGAAAGAAAGAGAGAAGAAAAAAUCCAAGAGGAGGAAACGUGAGAAACAUAAGCAUAAUUCUCCAUCUAGCGAUGAUAGUUCAGACUAUAGCCUUGAUUCAGAUGUCGAGCAUACAGAAAGUUCCCAUAAAAAAAGAACUGGUUUCUACAGGGAUUAUGACAUUCCAUUUCCUCAGCAUGGACAUAUAUCAGGAAGCUACAUGACAUCAAAGAAGGGUCAACAUAACAAAAAAUUUAAAAGUAAAGAAUAUGAUGAAUACAGUACCUACAGUGAUGACAACUUCGGGAACUACAGUGAUGACAACUUUGGUAACUACAGUCAGGAAACAGAGGAAGAUUUUGCCAGUCAGCUAAAACAAUAUAGACAAGCUAAAGAAACCUCAAAUACUACUUUAGGGUCAUCAUUUUCUAAAGAACCAGGGAAAAAACAGAGAAUGAAAGGACUUCAGCAAGGUAUUGAACAAAGGGUUAAAAGCUUUAAUGUCAGUCGUGGACGUGGUUUGCCGAAGAAAAUCAAAAGAAAAGACCGUGGAGGAAGAUCUAAUAAAGGGCCUAAUGUUUUUUCAGUAACUGAUGACUUUCAAGAGUACAGUAAGCCAGGGAAGAAAUGGAAGGUUAUGACUCAGGAAUUUAUUAAUCAGCAUACAGUGGAACACAAAGGAAAACAAAUCUGUAAAUACUUCCUGGAAGGGAGAUGCAUUAAGGGAGAUCAAUGUAAAUUUGAUCAUGAUGCAGAGCUGGAGAAGAGAAAAGAAAUCUGCAAGUUUUAUUUACAAGGAUAUUGUACCAAAGGAGAAAACUGCAUUUAUAUGCAUAAUGAAUUUCCAUGUAAGUUCUACCAUAGUGGAGCAAAAUGUUACCAAGGAGACAACUGUAAAUUUUCCCAUGAUGAUCUGACUAAAGAAACAAAGAAACUUUUGGAUAAAGUGUUAAAUGCUGAUGAAGAACUUAUAAAUGAAGAUGAACGAGAAUUAGAAGAACUUAGAAAGCAUGGCAUAACUCCUCUUCCCAAACCACCUCCAGGAGUUGGGCUUCUGCCAACCCCUUCAGAGCAUUUUCCCUUUUCUGAUCCUGAAGACGAUUUUCAGACAGAUCUCUCUGAUGAUUUUAAGAAAAUUCCAUCUCUUUUUGAAAUAGUUGUAAAACCUACUGUGGAUUUAGCACAUAAAAUUGGAAAGAAGCCACCAGCAUAUUAUAACAGUGCCUCACCUCCAGGACCACAGUUUCAGGGAAGCAGCCCUCAACAUGUCUAUAGUUCUGGGUCAAGCCCAGGUCCUGGACCUAAUACAUCUCAGGGACGCAGUAGUCCUGUGAUGCACCCAGGCUCCCCUGGACAUCACCCAUGUUCAGGACCUCCUUGUCUACCAGUGGCGCAAAGCCCACCUUUGCCACCUGGUCCACCUGAAAUCGUAGGCCCUCACAAUCAAGCUGGAGUACUUGUUCAACUGGAUACACCUUUGGCACUACCUAAUAUGGGUGGGGCUUACCAGUCUUCCGGCUUUCCAGGACACAUGAUGAAAGUACCCAGAGAAAAUCACUGUUCUCCAGGUUCAUCAUACCAGCAAAGUCCUGGUGAAAUGCAGCUCAAUACCACUUACGAGUCUCUACAAAACCCAGCUGAGUUUUAUGAUAAUUACUAUUCACAGCACACUAUACAUAAUUUUCAGCCACCCAGUACUUCUGGUGAUGGGAUGUGGCAUGGUGAAUUUGCCCAGCAGCAGCCUCCAGCUCUUCAAGACUCACCUAACUGUGGGAGUGGGUCUGACGCCAGCAGCAGCAGGACAGGCCAUGGUCCUCUUCCUGCGCCAGGGCUUCUCCCUGCAGUGCAGAGAGCUCUUUUUGUCAGACUUACUCAGAGAUACCAAGAAGACGAAGAACAAACCAGCACCCAACCUCAUAGGGUACCAAGCAAAGAAGAAGAUGAUACAGUUAACUGGUAUUCCAGUAGUGAAGAAGAAGAAGGAAGCAGCGUCAAGUCAAUACUGAAAACGUUACAGAGACAAACAGAAUCUUUACGAAGUCAGCAACAACCUUCCACAGAACUCGGCACUCCUACUGAUCCAAGACUUGCUAAAGAGAAAAGUAAAGGAAAUCAAGUGGUUGACCCUAGACUUAGGACUAUCCCAAGGCAUGACAUUAAAAAACCUUCUGAGUCUGCUCCCCUGGAUCUUAGACUUGCAUGGGAUCCCAGGAAAUUAAGAGGGAAUGGAAGUAGUCAUGUAGGCUCUUCUGUUGGUGGGGCAAAGUUUGAUUUACAUCACACAAAUGCUGGAACUAAUGCGAAACACAAAAGAGGAGAUGAUGAUGAUGAAGAUACAGAAAGAGAACUGAGAGAAAAAGCUUUUAUAAUACCUUUGGAUGCUCCACCUGGUAUAAUGCUCCAGGAUCCGAGGUCACAACUGAGACAGUUCAGUCACAUUAAAAUGGACAUUAUCCUAACCAAACCUAAUUUUGCAAAACACAUUGUGUGGGCUCCAGAAGACUUACUUCCAGUACCUUUACCUAAACCUGAUCCAGUAUCUUCAAUCAAUUUACCUCUGCCCCCGCUUAUAGCUGACCAGAGGCUUAACAGGUUAUGGAAUACAAAAAGUGAGCUUCAUCAACAUACAGUGGCUAUUGAUCCAAAAUUAGCAACUAAAGCCAAAAUUAACACAACAAACAGAGAAGCCUACCUAGAACAGUUUGGAGACCUACAUAGUUCAGGAAGUAAAUUAGGAGAUCCUAGGCUGCAAAAAAAUUUUGACCCCAGACUUCACAGACAACCCAAUACAGAGUCUCACCAAAUGGUUAUGAAGGAUUCACAUACAUCAAAGGCCACCCCUCAGUUAGCCAGAUCAAACCCUGGUUCAUCACAGUCCUCGGGGGCAGGAGCUAGCAACUCUGGUCCUGGGGCUCUGCCCCCAUAUGUCCCUAAACUCUUGUCUUCAGCUGGCCUUCCACUGGGAACUUCAAGCUCAGUUCUUGGUGGUAUUAGUUUGUAUGACCCUAGGGAUCAUAGUUCAUCAUCUACAUCAGAGCUUGCCACAGUUUCUUUAGGAGAAAAUGCAGAGAACCAGAAAAAAAGUAUUAGUUUAAAAAAUAGUGACAAAAAUGAGCCUUCUCCUGAAGAAACAAUCCUGCCACAGAAAACUACUCCAAACAUGGAAGUCACUGUUGAUGGGCCAGCUGACCCGCAGGCAGAUCUUCUCAGGAGUUCUGGUAAGGUUCAGGUCCCAGCAGUGCACAGUCUUCCUAUUCAGGCGUUAACAGGCUUAAUUAGACCCCAGUACAGCGAUCCCAGGCAAUCAAGGCAGCCAGGACAGGUGAGCCCAACACCAGAUGAUGAUACCAGUAGAGAAACAGAUGAUAAGUCUCUGAAAGAGGUUUUUAAAACUUUUGAUCCAACUGCUUCACCAUUUUGUUAGCUAUUGUGUAAGUAAGCAAUUCUUUCCACUCUUGUGACUGUUGCAGUCCUCUGCUGUUUUGUAACUGGUUUACCUCUAUAGUUUAUUUAUUUUUAAAUUAUAAAUACGUUUCAGCUGCUAGUAUCAGAACCACAUGAAAUUAUAGCCUCUAAAACCUGUGGUAUUUUAUAUAAUAUUUUUAUAACUUUAAGAGACUGUAGGAAUUGACAUAAAAACGUAUCAUGUUCAUUUCCAUUACAUAUUUAUUGUAAAUAAAUCAUCAUGAACUCAACACUCUGCCUGAAUAUAUACCAGUGGUCUUUCAUAAUCAAUGUUUAGAUAAAUUAUUGCCACUUUUAUAUGGUUGUUUAGUUUCAAGCAAUAUGAUGUACAUUACUUUUGAGAAACAGUAUUUUGACUAGGACCCCUCUUAUUUGUCAGCACAGAAGUAAUAUGUAAUGCUAAUUGCUGAUUAAAAUGUAAAAUGAAGUAAAGAAAACAUUUUAAAAUCACAAUUAGCAGAGCAGUUCAUGUUUAAGGGCAUCACUUUAUUAGUACUGGCAAUAUUAUUUGUGUAAAUGAAGCAUUGAAUGUCUUAUCUUUUAGAAGUAUUUUAUUGUAUACUGUAUCAUAGAAGUUGGAGGUACAUAAGUAGAAUGUUUUGCUAAAGUAAAAAAUUCCCAAGUUCUCCAACAUAACUUUUUAAAUUUAAUUUUUCAUAUGAAAUAGUUAUGAAUUACUGCUGUGUUACAUUGUGAUGUUUAUGUAUUUCAGUGUUUUUGUCUUUGGCAGCAUAAUUUAUACUACUUUACAAUGACGUAGCUGCAAUAAUUGUGUUCAUCAUGACUUUGAUAAUUUUUAAUGAAAUUUUGAAAAGAUCCAGUGAAAGUCUGUAGUGAUUAUUACAUUGAUAAUGUUUUAAAUGUCUAGGUUCUAUAUUUUUUCUUAAAUAGCAAGAAAACACAGAGAUUACAAAGUCAACUGUAUUUGGCUACCAAUAAAGAAUCUCUUUCAGAUCUCACCUGACUGGUGUUCUGUAACAGAAGGGAUUAUUACCUUGUGUUUUAAGUAUUUAAUUUUCUAAUAUUUUGGAAGUCUUCUAAAUUGAUUAGAAAUUGUAUUUUAUGGAAAUAACUUGUAUUCAUCCUUGUGUAUUUAUUGCAGUAUAUAAAUGUGUUAUAUAUAUACACAUAUAUAAUUUAUAACUGAAACUAAGUAUUACACUGAUCUUGAACUGGAGGCAUAGGAAAUGUUUUCUGGUAAUAACCCAAGUAAGAAACUUGAAAAGGAGUAUUUUAUUAUAAAAUAUAAUGAAAAUAGGUAAUAAAAAACUGUCCUGAGAUGAAAUAGCUAUACUUGGGAAGUGAUUUUUAAAAUACACAGCAAAAUAUUUCUGUGGGAACCUAACAUUCAGAUAGCAAAUGGUUAAUUAAUAAUGCAAUCCUUUCUGUUCACUUCCUUUUGCCUUUUCUUGCUCCUUUUCUGCACUAAAACAGUGCUGUAAUUAAGUGAAUAAGAAUUCUUCCCAUUUAAGAAGGUUAUUGUAUUCUAAGUGGAAGGACUCAAGGGAAUGUAAAGUCUUAGUUUUUAUACUUUACUUACAUUUAUCUGAAAUGGCUUUGGAUAACAUUUUUGGGUUAAAAAGUGCAAUUUAAAGCCAGCCUCCAUAAAAAGUAUUUUCUGAUUUACUGUCCAAACUAACUGUAGUUAAUUGAAAAGUCAAUCAAAUGGAUUAAAUUGACAGAAAAACAUGUAUAUUUCAAAGUAUAAUUUACUCUUUUGUCAAGAUAAAAUCAGUUAAAUCGCCGAAUUUUAAUAAUUGAAAAUUUUAGCGAUUCAUUUAUUCAUGUAGUUUGUAAUUAUGUCGUGUCAAAUAAUGCCAUUUACAUUUUAAACAUACAAAAAAGAUAAUUUGGUUUGUUAAAGAUCAAAAUAGAAUCUAAAUUCUUGACAGGAGAUGUUUUUAUUAUUGAAAGAGAUGUUAAAAGAUUGGAAAGUAAGGUUUAAACGUUAUUAAUGAAAAUUACAUAAUUAUUAUUUGUUUAUUAAGUGUUCUUCCUGUUAUAUCAGCUAGUGCCCUAGAGGCUAUUUUACAAGAAAGUUUGGACUUAGUUUCAAAUUUGACAAUAUAUUUUAUAUAAAAAUAUUUUAUUUAUGUUUAAAAUAAUGAUUUUUGUUUAUCAUGCAGAUUUUUUUAUUGGGAUAACAUAUCCUAUCAACAUAGAUAAAUUUCUAUAUUCUUAUUUUUUCCUGUUUUCUCACAAAAAUUGAAUAGCCAUUUUCCCCUCAACAAAUAGGUCUUAAGGUGAAUUGGUAUUUUUAGAAUUCAUGUAAUUUGAUUUACACUAUUCCAGAAAAGUAAGUGUAUGACCCUUUUAGAAGCUACACAUUUAGAGAUAACAGAAAUAACUUGUAUCUUAAAAGAGUCUGGAUAGGCUCAUCAGUUGAGAUGUAACUUAACUAUUUAUACUGGUUUACAAUAGAAGUUUUAUGCCUGUUUAUUUUUAUGUUGAAUAGAGUGGGAUUUAUCAGGGUGUUGAAUUGGAAUGCCUAGAAGAUCAUAAUAAUUUAGAUUAAGCAACUUUCUCAUAUCUUGGUUAGGACCUGAACUUUGAAAACUAAUCAAAUGUUGGAGUGAUUUCAAACUCUUUUUUUUUUUCUUUUUUUUGAGACAGAGUGUCAUUAUGUCACUUUGGGUAGAGUGCUGUAGCAUCACAGCUCACAGCAACCUCAAACUCUUGUGCUUAAGCGAUUCUCCUGCCUCAGCCUCCCAAGUAGCCAGGACUACAGGCGCUGGCCACAACGCCCAGCCACUUUUUUUGUUUGUUUUGGUUGCUGUUGUCAUUGUUGUUCAGCAGGCCCGGGCCAGGCUCAAACCCUCCAGCUUUGGCAUAUGUGGCCAACGCCCCACUCACUGAGCCACAGGUGCCAAGCCGAUUUCAAAACUCUUUUUCAACAAUUGAGUCUGUGUCUGUAUGGAUCCUUGUGUUUCCCAGCUGACUAUUCCACUCCCUAGAAACAGGCUGCACCCAAAACAGCCUAAUUGUGAAAUGAUAUCUGCCUAGGUUUCUAUUAGUUUUUUAAUUUGCCAUGGGACUUUAAUAAUAGUAUUCCUUCCUAGUCCUACUUAUUUUAAGAGUAGGAGAAUAGCUGAGUAUUACAGAAAUCCUGUAUGAACUUUAAUUUUGCUGAAAUUAAUUAGAGAAAGAGGGAUGGGGAACUUACAAGGGCUGGAAAUUUAAAGACGAUGAAUUCAUGUUUUUGUUCCAAAUUGAUUUCUAGGCAGCUUAUCUCAAUAUCUCCUUAUCUAUGAAAUUGUGUUAAUUUCUAUUGAUCACAGAUUUGAUGUAAGGAGUGAGUUAUUUUUAUAGUGUCUGUAAAUAUAUAAUUGCUUUAUAACUUAAUGAACAUAAUCAUUAUGCUCUCAUGAGGGUGCAUCAAAUUGUACAAAUUAGAAAAUAAUAUUAUAUGGUUUGUGUGGUUUAGCAAUUUUAUGAAAUUUCAGAGACGAUGUACAUUGAGGGCACAACAGUAGAAUUGCUUGAGCUAUUGUUUUAAUGAAUAUUAAACCCAUCAAGUUAGCAAUUUCCUUAAAUAGUUGUGUGUCAGAAAGACACAGGACUUUCCUACCUUACAGCUAUAUAGAUUUGUGAUGUCCCUUCAAGAUCUGACUUCUCUUCCCAUUUAAUACAUGUUGGAUAUCGAUAGAAGGUUAAAAAUGCCACAGUCCACAUUAAAUCACAGCAUGUGUGGGCACAGUGGCCAACCAUUCAAUAUAAGAGCCAUUGGCCCUUAGAAACAAGAGGUAUAUUUACUCCUACCCCUUAGUACAUAUUUCUGCAGGCAUGUGACAUUGAAGGCUUGCUGAAUGACGGCUUGCUUGAGAAAAGUAUCAUUUGUAUUUAUUUAAUGGCAACUAGAAGUGAGAUCUUCCAGGGGCUAUAAAAAUCUUUCUAUUUGUAGGACACAGAAUCCUAUGGUGGGGAUGUUUUCCCUGAGUUCACCCUUCUGUGCUGAAGGCUACACCUCAGAGGGCUGGUCUGUGCUGAAGGGUCUGUGGUAUGCAGUCCACAGAUGGGAUCCCCAUAAUCUUCAAUUAAUUAGAAUUUCCACAAAUUUCCAAAUUAAAGUGCUGUAAUUAUUCUUAUCAGAAAUGGUUUGGCAGUACUUGAUAAUAUUAUGUUCAAAAUUAAGUCCAGUAGAAUAUAUAAAGCAUUUGUAAGCUAUAAUUAGUUUAAGUAAGACUUAGUUUAGGAAAUCUAAGCUUUGACAUGUGAAACCAAACAAAGACUGAGUGUUUAAAGCUGUUUUCCUCCCUUAGAUGGUAUUAUUUAGCAUUAUGUAAUGCCUUUCCCCCAAGAAGUGUAGUGUGAUUUGCAGAAUGAGUUUCAGUGGCUACUAAUCACUUUAUUACUGAAGUUUUUGUGAGAGUAGUUUUUUUAAAUCAGCAAUAUCUGCCAAUUAUAACAAAGCCCAAAUUAACCUGUCUUUCUUAAAAAGGAUUCAGACCUAAAAAGGGACUUUAGGUUAAUGUGAACAUAGUACACGUGUUUCAUUUCUUAGAAAUUAGAAUUUCUAAUUUAAAAAAAAGAAAAAGCACAUUUUAGCCAUGGUAUAUGCUUUUGGAGGCAAGACCCAUACGUAUCUCCUAAUCUUUAUAUUUCUCUAUAGCAACAAGACUAGUUGUAGGCAUGCAAUAGGUGCUUUGGUAACUACUGUUGAUUGCUUCCUGACAUUCAUCCAAAUGUAGGUUUUAUAGGUGCUAUCGUCUGGUAGAACAGAUGAAGCAGAAGCAUUCCACUAUCCUGUUAGGAAGAGUGCAACUUAUUGAUUAUACCUCUUUCAGUAGACACAGUGAGCCUGCCUGCUUUUUUUGUGCCUACUUCUACUCCCAAGCAAUGUGAAGGCAGAGUUAUGGCAACUUUACUUAGGGACUAAAUGUUUCUACAAUAAUUUAUAACUCUUAAGAGUCCUCCAGACUUAUAAGAUAGCUCUACUUCAUGGUGGAAGUUUGGAUAGAUCUUUAAUGUAUUCCUGUUGAUCUAUGAAAGAUUCUUUCUGUAACCAGAAAGGGAACUGCAGAGAGUCAUAUAUUUUUAUUUUUAAAUAUGUUUCUCUAAUUUAUUCCUUCCUGUUUCCCUCAAAAUAGCCAAAAUGGUGAAUUCACUAAUCAAUAGCAUUUAAAAUUCCUUUUAUUCUAACAUGAUGAAUAGUAAUUUCUUCUUAAUGAUUUGAUUCUAAUUUUAGAUCUUGUAUCUGGUCUUUAAAUGUUCUCUAUUAUCCUUUGGAAUAGAAUAAUUAUGUGCUAUUGAUAGCAAAAUUAUUGUGGGCAUAAAAAUAUCUGUUUCUUAACCUCAAGUAAGACUGAGUUCUUAGAAUAAUAUAGCAUUGUUUAUUCUUGGGUCUCUUCUUUUUUAAACUUACAGUUUAUAAGACAAAUGUGAAUAAACAGCUAAUGAUAGCAUUUUAGAAAAAAAUCAUUCACACUUCUUCGCUCAUUACUGAUUUUAAUACCUUCACAAGGUAUUUAGUAAUAAAAUUUGCAUUAGCUAAUGUUUUAUCAGAGGUCUGAUAUAUAAUUUAUUAUAAAGGAAUUAAAUACAUAGAGGCCAAUUUUUAAAAAAACUAACCAUGUUGUUCCCAAAUCUUCAUUACCACCCAACAUCUUAGUGUUACUUGUCAAUGAUCUACUAUACAUUUUAUAUACUUUUUAAAUAAAGAAGGUGAAAAAUGAUAAACUAACCAUUAUUACAGGAAAGAGGUUUUAGUCCCACUCUAUUUUAUAGGUAUGUGCCCUCUAAGUGUUUGAUAGGGAGGUCAAAUAAGACACAAAAAUAUCUUUUCAAGAGGUAGAAUGAUACUUCCUUAUUAAAGUGACAAUCAAGAAAGAGUCAUUUGUGUACUUACUUGCCAAAGUUCAAAAAAUUUUUUACAUUGUUUACCUUAAACCUGCUGCCCCAUCCACCCAGGAUUCAGAAAGGUCUCAGCCUAGACCAGGGCUCCAGGGCCCAGGUCAUCUUGCUUUUUAGUCCAGGACUUCUGCUGGCAUGUGUGCCCCAGGAUGAUGUGCAGUGUGGGUGCAUGGGUGAGCACACUGUAUGUGUAUGUGGUGCUGGUGGUGGUGGGUUGUCUGGACUUAUGAUGGCCCAUUUUCUAUCAGAUCUUCAAAUACCAAUCUGUGGGCUGAAAUCUAGGUUACAUCUAUUCUGUAUGAAGUGUUUGGUUUGUUCCCAUCUUUCCAGUGAUUUUUUUCAGUUCCCCAAACUGUAUGUAAAAUGCUGGGGAAAUGCUGCCUUGACUAGUUCACUAUGGAAGGUUUUGGUAGACACCAAUUUAGUAGAUUAAAUAAAUUGUUAAAACUACUGUCUGUUCAAAACAAUACCAGCAAGGGGUAUACUUUGCUGAAUUGAUAAAUUAUUCUAUUAAGGACUAACAAAUCACUUGGUAAAAUCAGGAAUAUCUUUUUGCCCCUUCUUAUAUACUAAUAAAAUUUGCAAGUUGCAUUCUGUUGUUCUGAGUUUCUGUAAUUUUUUUCUGAUAUCUUUCUAUUGUCUGAAUUUAAAUAAAAAUGUUUCUGAUAA